CCGAAGUCUCAACCCUCCUCGACUCUUGUCCGAAAGACCGAAACCAUCCCCAGCUCCCUUCAAAUAACUCCUCCCUUUCUUUAAUUCUUUCUGUCCUUCUCCUUCCGGCUUGUGGAGUUCCGCAGGGACAACCGGAUAUACCGAUUCAUCACCCGGAUCUACCGUCAGAUCUUCCCCGGAGAGCCAUGAAGCAGCUCCACAAGCUGCCUGGCCUCGGCCAGCAGCAGCCAAUCCGGACCCACUCCCCGACCUACACCGUCACGGCCGCGAGGCAGCACAACUCCCGCUCGUCAGCCGCCGCCUCCUACCUCCUCCGCGAGCAGCGCCUCCUCUUCGUCCUCGUCGGCGCCGCCCUCGCCUCCUGCUUCUUCCUCCUCCAGCCCUACCUCUCCUCGUCCGACCGCCUCCUCCCCACCUCCGACGUCCCCCACCGCGACCUCCUCCCGGUCUCCGCCGCCUCCGCUGGGAGGAGGAUGCCGGUGGGGCUGAGGAGGCCGCCGCUGAGGAUCGUGGUGACGGGCGGAGCGGGGUUUGUGGGGAGCCACCUGGUGGACAAGCUGCUGGCCCGGGGGGACAGCGUCAUCGUCAUCGAUAAUUUCUUCACGGGGAGGAAGGAGAACGUGGUGCACCACUUCCACAAUCCCAGGUUCGAGCUGAUCCGCCACGACGUCGUGGAGCCCAUCCUGCUCGAGGUCGACCAGAUCUACCAUCUCGCUUGCCCUGCUUCGCCGGUUCAUUACAAGUAUAAUCCCAUCAAGACCAUCAAGACAAAUGUGAUGGGGACUCUGAAUAUGCUGGGAUUGGCAAAGAGAAUUGGGGCUCGUUUCUUGUUGACGAGUACCAGUGAGAUUUAUGGUGAUCCACUUGAACACCCACAAAAGGAGACAUAUUGGGGCAAUGUCAACCCUAUUGUACAUUUAGGAAGGGUAUGCCUCGCUUGCUUGCCGACUGUAAGUGAAGUAAUUGUAACUCUGUGUCUACUUCAUGGACAAGUGAGAAAAAGUUCCCAUUUUCAGUUGCGUAUUGCACGUAUUUUCAAUACUUAUGGGCCUCGCAUGUGCAUUGAUGAUGGGCGUGUUGUCAGCAAUUUUGUUGCACAGGCCCUUCGUAGACAGCCAUUGACAGUUUAUGGAGAUGGGAAGCAAACUCGAAGUUUCCAAUAUGUUUCUGACUUGGUUGAUGGAUUGGUAGCGCUAAUGGAAAGUGAGCAUAUCGGACCUUUCAACUUGGGCAAUCCAGGGGAGUUCACCAUGUUGGAGCUUGCUGAGGUUGUCAAAGAAACAAUUGAUUCGACCGCAGCAAUUGAGUUCAAACCCAACACUGCAGAUGACCCUCAUAUGAGGAAACCAGAUAUCACCAAGGCAAAAGAGCUGCUGAAUUGGGAGCCAAAGAUAUCAUUGAGGGAAGGGCUGCCCCGGAUGGUGACCAACUUCCGGCAGCGUAUCUUGGAUGCGCAGUCAUAAAACCAAAAACUGAGAUCAUCUAUAAUAUGCGGUCCAACAAAUGUACCAUUAAUUGAAUUUGUCAUCGUAUUGCUCUCUUAAUAAUUCCUUCCGAGGCAGGGCAAGUUUUGUAUGUUGUUUAUCUUCGUCAUCCUUGUACGUUUUAAUUUCAGAGAACAACUUAUUCUGAGAAGUGAAUCAGCUGAGUUGCAAAUGUUAGCACAGGAUCUGAAAGCAAAACAAAUACACAAUUUUACAGGCUGUGGCCAUUUGCUACAGUUUUGGCGUUCUUUUUUUCUUUUCAUGUAGACUGGCCUGGCAACUGCCAUUAUCCAUGUUACUUUGUGACUGACAUUUUAUAUAUUAUGAUUCAA